AUGGAUUCUCUGGAUUCUCUGGAUCCUCUGGAUUCCCUCGAUUCUCUGGAUUCUCUUGAUUCUAUGGGUCCUCUGGAUCCUCUGGAUUCUCUGGUCUCAUUGGAUUCUCUGGAUCCUCUGGAUUCCCUCGUUUCACUGGAUCCUCUUGAUUCUAUGGAUCCUCUGGAUUCCCUGGAUUCCUUGGAAUCUCUGUAUCUUCUGGAUUGCCUGGAUUCUCUGGAUUCUGUUUACUGUCUGGAUUUACUGGACUCCCUGGAUUCUCUUGAUUCUCCGGACUCUCUGGAUUCUUUGGAUUUUCUGGUUUCUCUUGAUCCUCUGGAGUUUCUGGAUUCUAUGGUUUCUCUGGAUCCUCUAGAUUCCCUGGAUUCUCUAGAUUCUUUGGAUUUUUUAGUUUCCUUGAAAUCAUUGGAUUCUUUGGAUUCUCUGGUCUCAUUGGAUUCUCUGGAUCCUCUGGAUUCCCUCGUUUCACUGGAUUCUCUUGAUUCUAUGGAUCCUCUGGAUUCCCUGGAUUCCUUGGAAUCUCUGGAUCUUCUGGAUUGCCUGGAUUCUGUUUACUGUCUGGAUUUGCUGGAUUCCCUGGAUACUCUUGAUUCUCUGGACUCGCCUGAUUUUCUGGAUUCCCUGGAUUCUCUGGAGUUCGUGGAUUCUCUGGAUUCUAUGGAUUCUUUGGAUUCAUGGGGUUCUUUGGAUUCUUUGGAUUCUUUGGAUUUUUCGGAUUCUUCGGAUUUUUCGGAUUCUCCGGAUUCUUUGUAUUCUUUGGAUUCCCUGGAUUCUCUGAAUUGUUUGGAUUUUCUGCAUUCCCUGGAUUCUUUAGAUUCUCUGUAUUCCCUCGGUUCUCUUCAUUCUCUGCAUUCUUUGAAUUCUCUGAAUUUCUUUAGUUUUUGA